GGCUGCACAGGGAGCAGGCUGCACUGAGAGCGUCUGACAUUAUCCCACCGACCCCUCUACCCACCGUGACUGCGCGGACCCCCAAUAACCCACACCAUCAGGACAGCUCACAGAGGGGCCCCAAUACCCAGGUACAGUUGUCCUCUUCCUAUCCUGCAUGUGCUUAUAGUAUGUGUAUUUUGGCUGCUGUCCAAUCAUCUUCUGAACAAAUUUUAAAAUAAGUGAACCCACAUGGGCGAUUUUGUCAUGUGACCAACAGCGAUCCUUGUCUUGGAGAAGUUAAGGCAUCUACGACCAGCAACUAGAAGAUCUUCCUACUCUUGUUGUGACAGAUUUUGGGUGGACCACAUUUACAAAAGGAGAUCUCCUGUCCGUAAUUUUCAGAAACCUCACUGGAUCUAACCGUUUUGGACUUUUGGAUUUACGGCGCCUCUGCACUAGAAUUUGGGGGGUGCUCCCCCACCCAGAAACACGUGUAAAUGGAAAAUUGAGAGGUCUCUUUUGGUCCAGCAGGCUGGACGUCAAGUAAUGACUAGUAACGAUAGCCCCUGCCCGCCAUCUGGGCCAGGACAUAUGAAUGGAUACCCCGUACCACACUAUGCCUUUUUUUUCCCACACAUGCUGGGUAGCAUGUCCCCUCCAGGGGCAUUGCCUGGAGUACAGCAUCAGUUGCCCCUCAGCGGAUAUAGUACACCUUCUCCUGCAACGAUUGAGACUCAGAGUACCAGUUCGGAGGAGAUCGUACCCAGCCCCCCCUCGCCGCCACCUCUGCCCAGAAUUUACAAACCCUGUUUCGUUUGUCAGGACAAGAGCUCAGGGUAUCACUAUGGAGUCAGCGCAUGCGAAGGCUGCAAGGGCUUUUUCCGUCGCAGUAUACAGAAAAACAUGGUGUACACAUGCCACAGAGAUAAGAACUGCAUCAUAAACAAGGUGACGCGGAACCGCUGCCAGUACUGUCGGCUACAGAAAUGCUUCGAGGUUGGCAUGUCCAAAGAAUCCGUAAGAAAUGACCGCAACAAGAAGAAAAAGGAGCCUCCAAAACCUGAAUUGGCAGAGAACUAUGUACUCAGCCCAGAGACUGAAGAUCUGAUAGAGAAAGUGCGCAAAGCCCACCAGGAGACCUUUCCCGCACUGUGCCAGCUGGGCAAAUACACUACAAAUUUCAGCUCGGAGCAGCGAGUCUCCCUGGAUGUUGACCUUUGGGACAAAUUCAGCGAGCUGUCCACAAAAUGCAUCAUCAAGACGGUGGAGUUUGCCAAACAGUUGCCGGGAUUCACCACUCUAACCAUUGCCGAUCAGAUCACCCUACUUAAAGCCGCCUGCCUGGACAUCCUUAUCCUGCGAAUUUGCACACGCUACACCCCUGAUCAGGACACCAUGACAUUCUCAGAUGGACUGACCUUAAACCGCACGCAGAUGCACAAUGCUGGGUUUGGGCCCCUCACCGACUUAGUCUUCGCUUUUGCCAACCAGCUGCUACCGCUAGAAAUGGAUGACGCGGAAACGGGCCUACUGAGCGCCAUAUGUCUCAUCUGUGGAGACCGGCAGGACCUGGAACAGCCAGACAAAGUGGACAAGCUGCAGGAACCUUUACUGGAAGCAUUAAAGAUCUAUGUUAGGAAAAGACGACCCAAAAAACCACACAUGUUCCCCAAAAUGUUAAUGAAGAUCACUGACCUGCGGAGCAUCAGUGCCAAGGGUGCUGAGCGUGUAAUUACCCUGAAGAUGGAGAUACCAGGAUCCAUGCCUCCUCUCAUUCAGGAGAUGCUGGAGAACUCUGAGGGGCUGGACACCUUGGGAGGGGGGUCCCCCAGUGCGAAACCUUCUACUCCUGUACCACCAGGAAGCUGCAGCCCUAGCCUGUCACCCAGUUCUACCCACAGCAGCCCCUCCACACACUCUCCCUGACCCACUCCGACAGCACCGGAGUGGCAGAUACAGAGACUCACCAGCUCAUGCACAGCCUUCUCUCUUACCCUCUUUUCUUCUCGUUCUCCCUCUAUUCUCAACCUUUUUCCACUCUGUUUUCUUACGUUUCCCUUCAUUUUUCCCUCUUUCAUUUUCUACAUCUUACUUUCACGGUAGUGCAUCACUAUUCUGUACUUCCCUGCAAUACUAUCUCUUUAAGAGAGAAGACAAGUGGUGUGCAGAGGGGUGUAAGGGAGCUGAAGAUACACCCAUGUGGACAUCUUAAUACCCCUCCUCACUUCCACUGUAACUUUGUGCCUCUGGACGGCUCUCUACUCCCACCCACUGGAUUGAGGACGAACUGAUACAAACUUUUAUAUGAGACAGACGUACUCUAACACUGUGUGUGGGUGCUGGGAGGGGGGAGUGGGAAAGACAUGCUAAAAUCGGGGAGGUGAAACAAUGAAAUCCACUUCAUACACAGGAAAUAUACGGGCACAUUAACUCCUAUCCCCGCUAUCCUAAUUUGCACCCCAAAAGCAUUCUGCCUUUAAAAAAAUGAGAAAUAAUCUGGUUUAGUCUGCAGUUUUAUAGUGUUAUUUAGGAUGAAAUCAGCAGGUUAAAAGUUUGUCUAAAAUCGGUCAGUUGAGACGAAAACAUUUUAUAUUUUUACACGUUUUGCUUUUAUCUACAAAUUUUAAUUUAAAGAAAAAGUUGAAAAGUGUUAAUAUUAAGUGGGAACAUUUUGUAGAUUCCUAUGAACACUGUUUAAAAGAAUGGCUCGGUUUACCUAGUGAAACCAUAUUUAAUGGCAGAGUGUCGAUUAGGGUUUUUUGUGGAGUUGGGGGUUUAAGCCUCGUUUUGAAGGAGUCGUCGAAAAAACAUCUCUAAAAAAAAAUUGACCAGGAACAUCAUGCCAGCCCAUGAAACUCUGCAGUCUAUAAACAGCCCUAUGUUUUUGGGGUAUAUACAACCGUAUCUCAUUUUUAUUAUUCACCAGCCACAGAAUUCCUGUUUCUCCCCCCUUUUUAUUUUCCUCUAACCACUAGAAAACUGCAAUCUCCUUUCUCCCCCACUCUUACCCCACGGGACUUGCAGUUUCCACACCUCAACACACCAGCAACAACAACCAGAGAAGUUUUCAGUUUGAAGUUUUGUUUUUUUUAAUUUCGAGGUUAAAGAAAAAGGAAAAAAAAUAAUAAAAUAAAAAAUGAAAAAUGUUCAAAAUGUUAAAUAAAAUAAGAUGUGAAAAAAAAGUUUUUUAUGUGGAAGAAAAAUGAAUUUUUUUUUUGUUUAACUUUUAAGUUUUUUUUUCCCUUGAGUUUUCUGUCUACCUUCUGCACAAACGUUUAUCUUUAUAUUAAAACAAACUUGUUUGUUUGACUCCUGUUAUUUGAAGUGUUUAGGCUUUAAAUGGGUAUUCACAUGGGAAACAAUUAAAUGGCAUUGGUUGAUGUACCGAA